UCAAAAUCCAAAUCCGCCACAAAACGCUAACCAAACAUCUCUCUCUGGUCUCUACCGCUCCCCCUCUCUCCCCCCCAUAAACCAGACGAAUUGGAAGACAAAAAGAUGUGGGCAAUAUAAUAUCCUUCUCUUUUCUCUCUCUUUCUCUGUUGCAGGUUUAUUCCCAUGGCUUCUGCUUCACAAACUAUGCUUUCUGCAAACACCCGUGCUUUCCCCUCCCACGGGUUCCUCAAAAAGUUGCAGAAACCAGGGGGGAGUGGCAUCUCCUUCAGAAUUCGAGCUUCCUCCACCACUAGCUCUGAGGAAUCCGACUGCAAUGUUGAAGAAUGUGCUCCUGACAAGGAGGUUGGCAAGGUCAGUAUGGAAUGGUUAGCUGGGGAGAAAACGAAAGUGGUCGGGACAUACCCACCUCGUAAAAGAGGUUGGACGGGCUACGUUGAGAAGGACACUGCAGGGCAAACAAAUAUAUACUCUGUUGAGCCAGCAGUUUAUGUGGCAGAGAGUGCAAUCAGUUCAGGGAAUGCAGGUACCUCUGCUGAAGGAGCAGAAAACACAGCAGCAAUCGCUGCUGGUUUGGCCCUUAUCUCCAUUGCUGCAGCUUCUUCAAUACUUCUGCAAGUUGGCAAAAACCAACCUCAGGUGCAGACCACAGAGUAUACAGGCCCAUCUCUUAGUUAUUAUAUCGACAAGUUUAAGCCACCAGAAAUUAUUGAAGCUUCAUUGCCAGCCAAACCUGAAUCUGCUCCAGCUAUAGCAGAAAGCUCCACACCAGAUGUUCCACAAGUUCAGGUUGAAUCAAACAACCAGGCAGAAACUCCCAGUUCGAGUGUAAGCAAUAUGUCUUGAGCACUUCAAUUGAGAUUUUGUACUUUGUACUUCAUCUUUGUAUACUUCUUUGAUUAUCUAAAUGUGAUUAAAAGAGGAACUAAUGUAUAAGAGAUCGUCCUUAUCAACCCUGCUUGGUUAUCAGCCUAUGCAGGCAGUUAAAUCUAUUCAAACCCAUAUUGUAGAGCCAUUUCAUUAAUCAUCAAUUGUGUUAUUUCUAA